AUGUGCGGAUGUGACCGUAUGAUCACUGGAGUUGCUGGGAGUGCAGGAUUUGGAGUCAUGCAUGGAAAUGACUCGGAUGGAAUGAAAAACUUUCAAGUGAAGCCACAUCUGGGUUUGGACGACAUCGAGUAUUACGCGAUGCAAAUGAACAAGAAGUGA